UCAACCGGACCAUGUCGGAGACUCUAUGGACGAUGCUCUCUAAUUUUUCCAUGCCCUAUUUUCUUGAAAGCAACAUGUUCCGGCGGUCCAAAAGUUGUCGAACCAGCAACAGGAAAAGCUUGAUUCUGACCAGCACAUCACCAACCCUUCCACGGCCUCAUUCACCUCUCCCAGGACACCUAGGCAGCAGUCCCUUGGACAGUCCUCGGAACUUCUCUCCCAAUGCCCCGGCUCACUUCUCAUUUGUGACUUCUCGAAGGGCAGAUGGACGUCGAUGGUCCCUUGCCUCCCUGCCGUCCUCGGGCUAUGGUACCAACACUCCCAGUUCCACUGUAUCUUCUUCGUGCUCGUCGCAGGAGAAACUCCACCAGUUACCCUUCCAGCCCACGGUGGACGAGCUGCACUUCCUGUCCAAGCACUUUGGGAGCACAGAGAGCAUCACCGACGACGAUGGGGGGCGCCGCUCACCAGCUGUCAGGCCUCGCUCCCGGAGCCUCAGCCCCGGGCGCUCUCCUUCCUGCUACGACAAUGAAAUAGUGAUGAUGAACCAUGUCUACAAGGAAAGAUUUCCGAAGGCCACGGCACAGAUGGAGGAGAGGCUACAGGAGUUCUUCACAGUCAACGCGCCUGAGAACGUGCUCCCAUUGGCUGAUGGGGUCCUCAGCUUCAUCCAUCACCAGAUCAUUGAGAUGUCCAGAGACUGCCUGGAUAAGUCACAAGAGGGCCUCAUCACGUCUCGCUACUUCUACGAGCUGCAGGAGAACUUGGAGAAGCUGCUUCAGGAUGCUCAUGAGCGGUCAGAGAGUACAGAAGUUGCUUUUGUAACACAACUAGUGAAGAAACUGCUGAUCAUCAUCGCCCGGCCCGCACGUUUGCUGGAGUGCCUGGAGUUUAAUCCGGAAGAGUUUUACCAUCUACUUGAAGCAGCAGAAGACCAUGCAAAGGAGGGUCAUGGUGUCAAAACUGACAUCCCACGCUACAUCAUCAGCCAGCUGGGAUUGACACGAGAUCCUCUGGAGGAGAUGGCCCACCUGGAUACGUACGACAACGCAACCCUCAACACCCAAGAGUUGGUUGACCUGAUGGAUGGUCGCGGAUCUGCUGGUAAACCCACAAAGGCGCCAUCUGAAGAAGACUUUGACACCAUCAAACUAAUAAGCAAUGGAGCAUAUGGUGCUGUAUAUUUGGUGAGGCAUAGAGAGACCAGGCAGCGCUUUGCAAUGAAGAAGAUAAACAAACAGAACCUGAUUCUCCGAAACCAGAUUCAGCAGGCGUUUGUGGAGCGUGAUAUCCUGACCUUUGCGGAGAACCCAUUUGUUGUCAGUAUGUUUUGCUCCUUUGAGACCAGGCGGCACCUGUGCAUGGUAAUGGAGUAUGUAGAAGGGGGUGACUGUGCAACAUUAUUGAAGAACAUUGGAGCCUUACCAGUGGACCUGGCCCAGAUGUAUUUUGCAGAAACUGUCCUGGCUUUGGAGUACCUACACAAUUAUGGCAUUGUUCACCGAGACCUAAAGCCAGACAAUCUGCUGAUAACGUCAAUGGGUCACAUUAAGCUGACCGACUUCGGCCUCUCAAAAAUUGGACUGAUGAGUCUCACGACGAACCUUUACGAGGGCCACAUUGAAAAGGAUGCCAGGGAAUUCUUGGAUAAGCAGGUGUGUGGAACUCCAGAGUACAUUGCCCCUGAGGUCAUCCUUCGGCAGGGCUAUGGGAAGCCAGUUGACUGGUGGGCAAUGGGCAUCAUCCUGUACGAAUUCCUGGUGGGCUGUGUGCCCUUUUUUGGUGACACACCUGAGGAGCUCUUUGGCCAAGUCAUCAGUGAUGACAUCAUGUGGCCUGAUGGAGAUGAGGCCCUCCCUGCUGACGCCCAGAACCUUAUCUCCAGCCUCCUGCAGCCAAACCCGUUGGACCGCCUGGGAACAGGGGGCACCUAUGAGGUUAAACAACACAGUUUCUUCAAAGACCUGGACUGGAAUAGCUUGUUGCGACAGAAGGCUGAAUUCAUACCACACUUGGAAUCCGAGGAAGACACCAGUUACUUUGAUACUCGCUCUGAUCGAUAUCACCAUGUGAAUUCCUACGAUGAGGACGACACCAACGAAGAUGAGCCAGUAGAAAUUCGCCAGUUUUCCUCCUGCUCCCCCCGCUUUAUUAAGGUCUACAGCAGCAUGGAGCGCUUGACUCAACACGAAGAGCAGAAGGCCCCCGUGGUCACCAGGCGCAACCUCAAUAAGCACAAGGAGGAGAAGACUGAGGGUCUCGGUGCCCUCGGGACCCGGGACAAGAGCUGGAGGACAAGCUCUCCGGAAAUGAAGCGCCUCUCAGCCUCCGAGUCCUCAUACGGGGAGAGUGACUCCAGCCCGCCACUCACCGUACGGAGGCGGUUCUCCGCCCUCAUGGACACCCACAAGUUUGCCGCGCCCCUCGAGGAUGACACGGAAGUGACGCACAAAAACCAGGCGGUGCAGACGGUGGCGCCCGUCCUGGACCAAGGCAGCCAGUCGGAGCCACAGAAGAAGGAGGCGGAUGGGCAGGGCCCCCUCAGCAUGGGGAAUGCUGGCAGCAGUCCAACGUUCCCAGCUGAUCGGCCAGUGAAGUUGAGUGAAUCGUUGUGCAGUGUUACCAAGGAAACUGACGCGUCCUCCACAAAGGCCACCAGUGACCUGGCAGUGCGGAGAGCACGUCACCAACAACUGUCCGGGGAUUCGACGGAGAAGCGCACCUCCCGGCCCAUGAACAAGGUCAUCAAAUCAGCUUCGGCCACCGCCCUGUCAGUCAUGAUCCCUGCAGUGGAUCAGCAUAGUGGGUCACCUCUCGCCAGUCCCAUGUCUCCACGCUCGCUCUCAUCCAAUCCAUCCUCCCGCGAUUCCUCACCCAGCCGAGACUUCUCGCCGGCGGUCACCAGCUUGAGGUCCCCGAUCACCAUCCACCGUUCGGGGAAGAAGUACGGAUUCACGCUGCGCGCCAUCCGGGUCUACAUGGGGGACACAGAUGUCUACAGUGUUCAUCACAUGGUCUGGCACGUGGAAGAUGGAGGACCCUCACACGAUGCGGGGCUGUGCGCUGGUGACCUUAUAACCCAUGUCAAUGGGGAGCCUGUCCAUGGACUAGUUCACACUGAAGUUGUGGAACUUAUACUGAAGAGUGGAAACAAAGUGACAGUGACCACCACACCAUUUGAGAACACUUCCAUCAAGAUUGGGCCAGCCAGAAGGUCUAGCUACAAAGCCAAAAUGGCAAGAAGGAAUAAGAAGAGUUCAGGAAAGGAAGGACAGGAGAGUGGGAAGAAACGCAGUUCCUUGUUCCGGAAAAUAACCAAGCAGUCCAACCUCCUGCACACCAGCCGCAGCCUCUCGUCCUUGAACCGCUCGCUCUCGUCCAGCGACAGUCUGCCUGGCUCUCCCACCCACAGUCUCUCCGCCCGUUCUCCUACGCAGAGCUACCGGCCGACGCCUGACUCUGGUUAUUUAGGAGGUGGAGGAGGUAACUCAUCUCAAAGCAGCUCUCCGGGUUCCAGUGUCCCGAAUUCCCCAGCCACCCCCCACCACAUCCGACCCAGCAGCCUCCACGGUCUGUCCCCAAAGCUGCAACGCCAGUACCGCUCGGCGCGCUGCAAGUCGGCUGGCAACAUCCCACUGUCCCCCCUGGCCCACACGCCGUCGCCCACGCACCCUUCGCCCCAGCACCCCCCUUUCCCCCUGCCCUCCCACACGGUGGGCAGCUCCAACACCACCCAGACCUUUCACGUCAAGCUCCAUUCCUCGCCCCCGGUGGUCCGGCCGCGGCCCAAGAGCGCCGAGCCCCCCCGCUCCCCGCUGCUGAAGAGGGUGCAGUCCGCCGAGAAGCUCUCCAUGCCUCUCGGCUCCGAGAAGAAGCUGGCGAUACGCAAGCACAGCCUCGAGGCUUCCCACGCGGACUUCCGGAAGGAGGGACUGCACGCGGAACUCAGCCUCCAGAGCCUGGCGGAGUCGGAGGGCGAGGUUCUGGGGUCAAAGGCCGACGGCGCCGAAGUGGGAGCCUUUAGGCAGAUGGCCGUGAGGAAGCUGGGGAGACAGGAGUCUUCAUUAAUCGAUCGAGAUAUAUUCUCCAGCAUCAGGCAAGAGCGGGGAGAAGGACUUGACCCUGUACAAGAGCUCGAAGUUAAGACGAGUGAUCAUGAGGAAGGGGUCAAAGAGGAAACGAGGAGGUCCUGGUCUACAGUGCCUUCUGUCCAUGGUGGGACCAACAACGUUGCAAAAGGUGUGGAUGUCAGCCCAGGGAGGGAUUGUACCGUCUCUCCUGCCCUGAAGAGUUCCAGUCCACUGAAACCCCAGAUUUCUGAGCCUCCUUUGGAAGGGACCACCGCAUCAUCUGCAAACAGAGGCCAGGACAAGGCCACACCCUGCAGUUCACCGAGCGGAAGGAGUGGUAUGCCUCCUUCCUCAGUUCCAGCAGCGGGUGCAGGCAAGCACCCUGGACCUCCACAGGCCUUGCGCCCUGAUACGCUGACAGCGCGCUCUGAGGCGAAGGCAUCUCCAGGUGCCAUAAUUGCCAGCCUCAACGUUAGCGUGACCCCUUCCGUCCACGUUGACACCGUUGGCAAAUCCCUGGACAAAACUCCUCCCCUCCAGCCCAAGAAGACGCCAUCUGGUGACCUACCCAGCAAGAGACACCAGGGAGUGCAAACUGAGCCUGUGGAAUCCAUUUGCCCCAGCUGGGAUGGUGGAUACACGAUACAGAUGGACAAGGACCCUGUGUUGGAGGCCAAAGAUGCAUCUCCAGCAAGCGGCUCCCAUCUAGGAUCCAAGGAAAGGGGGGAAACUACUGAAACCCCUGCUGUUCCAGACGUGACUGCAGCUGCCAAUGAUGGCAAAGAUAAGAGGAGGUCAGCAAUCGAGACCAAAGAGACGGCUGACGAACCGUGCGGGCUUGAGAGCAGCGAGGCCUUACCUCCAGAUCGCCUCCCUCCUCCAGCCAAACAGCAAGACGCUGCAGAUAAAAGUGCCCCCGUCAACUGUCACAAAGGUGCCCUGGAAACCUCCACAGAGAGUAACACCAUCCCAGAGGGCAAGGUCAAGAAGGCCCCAGCCUCCAUCACGUGCGGAGCUGGGCCAGGCUCUUCGACUGCAGUGGUGACAUCUGGAGAUAAGUCUAGCUUUGUCAACCACUUGGCCACAGUGGCAAAGAGUGUACUCGGGCCGGUGAAAAUGGCCAUCCCCAUGACCCCCUCGUCUGUGGAGAGAUGGAAGCCAGGGGACAGCGUAAAGACACUCGCUGAACAUCAGGGGAGCCCCACAACCCCCUCAGCACCGGUUCCUAAACCAGUAUCUGCAGCAACAACACAGGACACAGAGUGCCCAUCUCUCCUGGAAAAGAAAGCGCUAAACCGUCAAAAGUUUUAGUAAGGGCUGUGAGUGCGUGCGUGUGUGUGCGUGCGUGCACAUGUAUGUGUGCACGUGUGUGUGUAUGUGUGUGUAUGUUUUAAAAAAAAACACCUGCAAAUAACUGGGCGUUUAUAUAAAAUCAAACACUUCCUGAGGUAAACAACACAACUGGGGGAAUUUUAAAAAAAACACUUAAGAAUCUAGGAUUCUGAUUUGCCAAGGUGCCCAUUCAGUUGAAAAAAAUAAUACGAAUAUCUCGAAAGAAUGUGAAAGGUUUCAAAAAGAAAAUUCGUGUAUCAGCAUCACGUGACUGCAUGUUUGUGUAUAAAGUAUACUGGCUAAGUGCAUUACAUGCUUAAACUGCUUUUACAUGUCAUAUACUUAAAUAUUCUGAAGUGCUCUUGUAUAAAGGGGUUAGUAAUUUAUUGAAGUUAUGUAAAUUGGCUGCAAAUUAGCAUUUAACCCUAAUCAACACCUCUCGACUUGAGGAAGUACCCAAAAGCUCGGAAUCAGCGCUGCAUGUGUUCUUAAAGGGACACAACCUCCUUUUUCUACGCAAAGUAGAUAGCUAAUGUGCUUGAGGCAGUUAUUACCCCUCUUUUCUAAUAUAGAAAUGUUGUGGAGGAGAAGGGGUAUUCAUUGCCACGAUGUGGGAUUUUUUAGUAAGGCCUGCACUAUUGGCCACCUCCUUUUAUCCCUUGAACGGCGACUCAUCAGGCUGAUUCCGAAAAUCUUGCAGAAGGCACGCUGCAUCCAUGUCUACUGUCCUGUAUGGAUCAGACCGGGAAAGGAUGACGGACUUCCUUCACUAGUGAACCAGAUUGGUUUCAACAACAGCAUUCAUGCAUGUUACAGCUGUACCAUAGCACUUCUCUGGCCGGCUUUUGAUGGCUAUUUCUGUUGCCCGGCAUUGACUGUUAAACCGGAUGAUGAAUCCCAAUGUGUUCUGUUGACCGGAGGUCCACAUAGUGCGAUGAGAAGUAGAGAACCACAGCGCGGGCGGCUUACUCCGAGGUGGGGCCGGGUCCUUGUGAAAUGGCAUGCCACUAUAUAGGUGUAGAGAGAACUCCCAGAGCAAACAAGAGUUCUGAUCGCACUAGUUGAGCGAAGAAAACUCCUCGCCUGUUCCUGCUGUUGCUAUGGCAGUGGCUUAUGCUCCAAACAGUCAUCGUGUUAAUACCCAGCUUGCCAAAAACCUGCAUAAUAUUAGCUGCCGAUGACUGUGAGGCAAGGUUGGGGCUGCUGUCCCAAUGGCUCUCAACAAAAACACAAUUGCCAUUUUCCAAACCCUCCCCCCCCCACCUCAGUUUGUUUCUUUGGCCCACUGGGGCUGCCCCCGAGACAUGGUUUGACCCUGACCUCAGGUGCUCUUGACUUCUCCCUCUGACCGUGUGAGUGACCUCUCAGCUUAAACAGUGGCCCUUUGUGUCGUUGAGUCGCAGAAGUGAAGGUUGUUGAGCAUGAGAGUGAGAACAUGUUGAACGGAAUUAGAUGAAGGGGCGUUGGCUGAUGGGAUUGUGUUCCUCGGCCUACUGGCCACUUGCUUGUCGUGAUAAGUACAUAAGAUGUGAGAAAAACACUUGGACUACUGACAAUGCUCUCAAGCUGAUAGAAGGAGUAACCAACACUGCUAAAAGCCGCCUGCUGAAUUGUUACAUUGGAAAAUGUUGAGAAUAUCACUCACUCUUACGACCAAUUAAGUCUGACGCGGUUGGAUGUAGCAAGGGGUGAGGGGUGGGGGAGAGGUCACAGGUCCUGAAAGACUUCUGUACAUGUUGGUUACACAUAGCUGGUUAUCCCAGUCACUGGAAUGAGCAUUGGCCUUGUGAAUGAAUGAUGGUGUGGUGUUAUACUCUCAUAGAGAAAUGAACAUCGAUGCAUUGCAGUGGUAGCCACAGCAAGUAGCUAAAGGUUUAAUGGUUGAAUUCUACUGUGCCUUUCCACGAGUCUAGCCAAAUGCUACAAUUAAUUAUUUUGCACUAAGUAAACUUUGAAAAUGGAAUUAGGUACAAAAAUGUAGGCGUGAAAGGUGCAAGAGCAUGGGGUAAAGAGCAGGGGAUUGGAGCUAAUUUGUUAGCUCUGUCAAAGAGUCAGUGUAAUGAAAGGGCCAAAUAUGGUCCUGCUGUGCUAUGAGAUUAAUUUAGUUUAAUGAAAUUGUCAUUACAGUGCACUUAGUUAUAUCCUGGCAUUAGAUGAAAUAAUAGCAAUUUCUAUUUGAAUGUUCUCAAAUUUUACUUGAAUUGUCUAAGUGCUGGGGAAGAGUAGGUUUCUAGCUGAAUGCAAAGUUUAAUUAUGCACUGCAGAUAGUGACCCUAGUGUUUGUAGCGGUUCCCAGCCACCACUGAGCCUUGCAAUACACAGCUCGGAGGAAGAGGAUAUUGCAGGGAUAUUGUGUGACAAGGCAAAACGUCAUUACUGCUCAUUAUUUAUUGAAGGAUCAACUGCCUUUUUAUAAGAAUCCUUCCCAGUUCUCAAAUAAGGUCUCCCUUCCCCCUCCUCCUCCUUUCCCCCCUUUUCAAACUGGCUCUCUCCCUCAAAUCUCUCCACAAUUUCUCUCCUGCUCUCCUUUCCCACACUGUAUAAUUUUGCACUAUUUUCCACCUUCUUUCUACUUUUCCUCUCUCCCUCUCCCAAUAUCCUUCAAUACUCUCCUCACUUAUUUAAUUCCACUUUUCCUUAUCCACUCUUCCUUUCCAAUAUCCUCUCUCUCUCUCUCUCACAUUUUCUCUUCCUUAUUUCUCUUUCGUUCUCCAUCCACAUUCCCUGUCUCUAUGUUUCCCUCUCUCUCCACCCACUAUACACUUCUCACACCACUCCCGAAGCCCAGUGUUGAUUCAAUUGCUAGUUCAUUAUCGAGUCACUUGAUACCGUGAGUAAGGGGGUUUCCAGAGGUAGAUGUUCCAUUGGAAUUGUCCCACUUCCUGUCAGCACUAAGUUCAGCCAAUGGAGUUGAGCAGCUGGGCCACCUGGCCAGGAUUAAGGCCACAGCAAUGGAGCCUGCCACUUUGCAGCCGUACUUUCCCUGGUUCCAUCCUGACCUUGGGUGCUGUCUGUGAAGUUUACAUGCUCACCCCAUGACCGUGUGGGCUUCCCCUACAUGUUUUCUCGAACAUCCUAAAGGUGUGCAUCAGGUCAGCUGUCGACUGCCAAGUUACUUUUGGCGAAAACAAGUAACGAAAAGAAAGAAAGGGAAUUAAGUUGAGGUACAAUAACAUAGGGUUUCAGGAGAAUAAGGAGGAGGAGAUUAGGAUCAAUGCAAUUGCUUUUCUGAGAACCAUUAUAGACCUCACGGUAUGAACUGUUCACUCUGUGUCUCAGUUAGAGCAACCCCAGUUGCUUGAGAGCUUCUGAGAGUGGGACAUCUCUGGGCACCAUGCAGACCACAAAGCCUCAGGUUCAUUGUCAGAGGAAUAUGUACCCAGGGUAUAAAGACCAUAAAAAUUAUUUAUUUUGGAGCAGCAACGCAGUACAUUACAAAUACAACAUACAUUGCAUACACUUAAACUGAAAUAAAUUUACAAAAACUUAAUGGACCAAUGCAAAUUGAUGGAUAUAGUCCGAGUUAGUGUUGGGAUUUUUCAGACCAGUACAGGACCCUCGUGGCAGUGGGAAAGAAGGCACUGUUGAACACCGAUGUGUAGGCCUUCAGGCUUCUGCACCCUCUGCCUGAUGGAAGUGAUGCGAAGAGAGAUUGGCCCGGAUGAUGAGUGUACUUAGCGAUGGGUGUCACCUUCCUAAGAUGUCAUUUCUUGUAGAUGUUCAUGGUGGAGAGAGCUGUUCCCAUAGUGAAACUGGCUGCAACCACUGCUCUCUGUAGCCUCUUCCAUUGGAGUUGCAGGCCUUGCAGCGGAAGCACAGUAUAGCUCCCUCACAAUGAGGUAAGCAACAACACACGCUGGCCUCAGCUGCGUUCAGUAUGGCAGAGGGACUGAGAUGUCCAUUCCCACACUUUACUCUUCCAGUGAACUCAAUGUUAGUGUAGCCUGUUGAGCUGACCAGCCACUAGGGAGUGGGCAUUUGGACCUUUAGGUGCGUAUUUUGUUGCCUGUAAAACAGUCACAGCACCAUCAAGUUUUUAGAGUCCAGUAUUGUUGUUGCAGCUCUGCCCAGCGCUUUAUUUGUUAAUUUUUUAGGGUACGGACAUUUAUUACCUAUUUUUAGAUGUUCUCUGGGAAAGCAAUUGUGACUAUAUUCUUGAACCAAUGAUGUUUAAGUGACUGAGAACAAAUGCAAUCAACAAAGAGUUUUUGUCCAAAACAGCAAAAACAGGUAUCUUUGCAUAACGAUUCUGAUUUUUUUUUUCUUAUUUCUGAGUCUAAAGCAGAUAUCUUAAUUAGUCACUUCCUUUCUGGUUGAAAUAGCAGCUGCAAAUAUGCUAUGCACUAUUUCUUUGGGACAGAGGUGUUAUGUGAAAUUAUGCACUGGAAUGGAUGAUAGAUACAAUGAGGAUUUGGAUGAGAAGCUUUCUUCUUGCCUUGGCUGAGAUGUUCAGCUGAAGGUCAGGGCUGGGCUGAUUUUUUUUACUUCAUUGGGCUGCUAUCGAUUUAAGAGCUUGCUGCAGAUGGCAAUCCCUUCUGUAAGUCCUGUCCCAUUCAAAGAUACACUCAGUGGCCACUUUAUUGGGUACAGGAGUGGAACCCUAUGUGGUCUUCUGCAGCUGUAGCCCGCCCAUGUUGUGCAUUCAGAGAUGAUCUUCACACCACUGUUACUUGGUUACUUGAAUUACUGUCAGCUUAAAACCAAUCUGACCAUUCUCCUCUGGUCACCCACAGAACCGUUGCUUACUGGAUGUUUUUUACACCAUUCUCUGUAAGCUCUAAAGACUGUUGUAUAUGAAAACCCCAGGAGAUCAGCAGCUCCAGAGAUCCACAAACCACCCCAUCUGGCACCAAUAAUCCUUCCACGGUCAAAGUCACUUAGAUCACAUUUCUUUCCCCAUUCUGAUGUUUGAUCUGAACAACAACUGAACCUCUUGACCAUGUCUGCAGGCUUUUAUGCAUUGUUGCUGCCAGAUGAUUGGCUGAUUAGAUGUUUACAUUAGCAAGCAGGUGUGCAGGUAAACCCAAUAAAUUGGCCACUGAGUGUAUGACAACAAUUGUGUUUCAAGGAAGAAGCUAUCACAAAGGGGUGAUAGUAAAUCAUCCUUUCACAUUACAUCCUACCAGCAUUAGCUUCCUUUGUGUGUGGAAAGCCGGCAGCUAGUUUAGCAUCAGCUGUCUAAGUAAGACACAUCCUCUUCGAUUUGGAGAAGAACUAAUUUGUAGGUUAGCUAUGUGUCCUAUCCUGAAGUUAACAGCCACUAAGAUGCCGAAACCAAAUCAAAACCCUUUAUCCCAUUCACUGCUUUGUGUGUGAGAAUAUCUGGAGGCAGUGGUCCUGCAAACCUCCCACACAGUCAGCCAAACCUUCCUUUAUGUUCUUGAUCCGUCGAUGUGUUGUGGCCAUUCAUGUAUGACCCCUCUGUCCUUCAGCUAGACAGUUCUUCUGUGGUGGACUCGUCACUCUGGCAUGAGUGGACACACACACAAGCCCCCUCCGGCCCUGCUAUAACACUGUGAGUUAAACUGACCGAUCCUUUGUUCGGUCCCCGAUGCCCCACACCUUCACGUGGGUUCCAACACUCAAGCAGUGCUCAAUAGUGUGUCCCCUGGUGUGUCUCCCCAGUCCUCACUUUUAUCCCCACUCAUGGGGUCUUGUUGGAGAGAGAGAGAGAGAGAGAGAGAGAGAGAGCGAGAUGUAACAGCUACAGUCAGGCAAACCUUCCUUUGCUUUCUUAAUUCGUCGUAUCGGUGUGGUCAUUCAGUUAUGACCUCUCCGUUCUUCUUGUGGACACCUGUGGCCCCUUGCUCAGCCCCAGCCGUGUAUGGUUUUCUGCUUUUCUUAUUUAGAGAUAUAGCACAAGACAAUCUCUUCUGGCCCAACGAGCAACACCACCCAGUAUCCUACCUAUUUAACCCUAGCCUAAUCACAGUACAAUUUACAAUGACAAAUUAACCUACCAACCAGUACAUCUUUGGACUGUGAGGCACCCAGAGGAAACCCACAUGGUCGAAGGGAGUAUGUACAAACUCCUUACAGACAGCAGAGAAUUGAACACCAAACUCCAAUGCUCUUUGCUGUAAUUAUGUCACGCCAGCUGCUGUACUACCCUACUGAUCACUCUACUGUGACCUCCUGCAAGAAUUAAAAUAUCACCCAAGGCCAAAUGGGGAAAAUAAAUAUGCUAAGUUCUUCUCUGACUUUAGUGAUCUACAAAAGGACCCUCUUAAUCCAGCUGUAGUACUUACUCUCACGGGGAGCAUGAGGUGGAAGCCAGAGUGGAAUGAAGGGUAGGCUUGUGGAGUUAGAAACCUGGCAAAUUUCUGUGCUGUAUUAUCGAUUUUACACCCCUUCUCUUGCACUUUGUGCCCUUGGCUAUUAUAGACCUUAUUUAUCGCUGUGGUGUGGGUGGUGUUGACAACACCAGCAUUAAUUGCCUAUCCCUCAAUGUAGCUGGGACAUUUCAGUGAGGAUUAACACUGCUGUGGUUUGAAUCAACUAUAGAUUGAUCAAUCAGGCCAAUAAUGAUGUAGUUAGCUAUUUCUCCUCGCGGGUAUAGAACACAGAAAAUUGUCAUUACUGAUGCUUGUUAUUAAUUUAGAAACAUUUCAUCAACUGAACUUAAAUCCCUCCACUCUCCCAGACAACAGAAUUUCUUUCUCCAGAUCAAUACUAAAGCCUUCUGUAACUCAAACGCUAUUCCCAUCCUGCAGUGUUGCAAGAGAAACUCUGUCUCAUUCUAGAUUUCACUCAGUAUUUUUGUGGUUGUGGGCGGCAGACAUUUGGGAUAGGAAUGGUUACACCUCCAACUAUAUCCGUAGUCAAAAGCAACAGAAGUAUUUAUUUUUUAAUGUGUCAGCUCGAGUGCAGCAGAUCACAGCCUGUCGGUUGAGUGUAUGAAAAACAUUUCUUAAUGCAAGACAAAAGUUCUCAAAAUACCUUGCAGGUCAGGCAGCUUCCAUGGGGUUACAUUUCAGGUAACUGUACUUUCAUCUGAGCCUAGGACAAUGACCUGUUUAGAUGCUGCCUGCCCUGUAGAGUAUUUCCAUUACUUUUUGCUCCAAACUUAAAUGGUCUUCACUAUGUGUAACAUGUUAAAGCUAUACGUACUGGUUCUGGCAGUAUUGCAAAAGAUUGUUGGAGGUGCAGGUUUGCUUAUGGGUUUUGGGUAAAGACUGAAUGCACCACAGAGCCUUUCCAGUUUCUGUUUAGCAUUCUCAUGCAGUAUACAGCAAGAUCUUCCUCGCCACCAGUCAAUGCAGUGACUUCCACUGCACCCCAUGGCCCUGCUUCCCGUGUGCGAGCUCAAUCCUCCACAUCACCCAAUAGUUUUGGCUGUAUCAUGUGCUUCAUCGUGUCCCGAUGCAAAGUUGAACAUUACUCGCUUGAUGCUCUCGUUCUAAUUUUCCCCCCUCACCCCACUUUCCCCUUGUGUGUUAUUUCAUAAAGUUGCAAUGAUUAUGCAUUGAAGCAAAAUGUCGCUGUCUGUAAUGACACUUCCUGGAUGCGUUAGUGCAACAUAUCUGCACUGUUAUACUGUAAUUCUGUAGGUUUGAAAAAAGGUACUGUUUCUUAAAAAAAAAAUGUGAAUUAUUACUAUUUAAUAUAUACAGUUGUUCUAAAGUUCUGUGAAAGAUAAAUUAUUAAUAACUUCAAACAUAAGACAUUUAAAACACUUUUCUUGGCUAGAAGGUAUUGAAUCGGUCAGCAUUGAACUGCAGCUGCCACCUACCUGCCCAUCACUGUGCACAAUAGACAAUAAUGCGAAUAACCCUGUGAAAAGAAGCUGAGGUUUCCUUGUAAAUUCAGGGUAAAUACUGAACACACCAUUAAGGCUUUACGACUUACAUUUUCAGCUGGCUUGAAUCGUUUCUUCCAGCCCUAUCUGUGUUGUUGAUUGCACUCUGUUGUCUUUUUUCUGUGAGCUUGAUACCAUUUGCAUUCAGUUCCACACACUGAACAGCAUACAACACCAAAGUAGACCCUUCAGCCCAACUGGCCUACGCUGCCCUAUCCAAGUUAGUCCCAUUUGCUAGCACUUAUAGAGUCACAGAGUUGAUAAAUAAUUUUUUUGAAGUACAUACAGGUAUUAUUAUCCAGCAAAAUCCUGCAGUUGCACCUUUGAAAUUAUGGAUCUGAUCCAGAUUUUGAUCAUGAUCUAUUCAGUUGGACAGGAGCAACCAUGAGCCACCACUGGGCACAAUGCAACUAUUGAUACAAAGCAAAAUACAGCUGCUACUGAAGUCUGAGUUAAAAGCAGGGUAUGUUGGAAAUGCUCAGCAGGUCUGCCAGCAUCUGAGGAGAAAAUGUGUUAACUUUUUUCUCUUUAUGGAUACCACCUGAUCUGCUGUGAACUUCCAGCUUUUCUUCUGAUUGUGAAAGAAAUAAAGUUUGGGUCAGGAAGAGGAGGGAUAAGCAGACACAAAAAAUUGUUGAACUUAUUAUCAGGUGACUGUAAAGUGCUGAGGUCAGAAGUGUUUCUUGAUGUAUUGCUGAGCUUUGUGGAAGAGUGUAGGGGACCGAGGACAGAGCAGACAGUGGGAAUGAGAUGAAAAGCAUUGGGCCACAUCUUCCGCAUAAAACUCAGGGGUUCCCCUUGCAGCUGUUGGGAGGAAGUUCAGAACUUGCUAGAGGGGGACGUCAGUAGAUAGUCAUGGUGGAAACAGGCAGUGCUGGGCGACAAGAGACACUUAGUGACGUUGCUGGCAUGAGAUCAGAGUUGAGGUAAAUACUCAGAAGGUCAGGGAGCAUCUGAGGAAAGAGAACCACAGAAAUGGUGUUUGGAUUGUGCUGCACCUUCUCCAAGCCUCACAUAACCCUCCUGAGGUCACCACCAUCUUCAGCAUCAUGUGGACACUGCACAAACAACAACCAUCCCAUAUGAGCUGUGAAUUAAAGACCUCCUUGAUGGUUUCUUAUAACUUGUGCUCUCAGUGUGUCUGAGUAUGUCAGACAAUAAGGGAGAUAUGGAAACUGUGCACGUCCAGUCAUCUCUGGGUGAAAAUCUCUCUCCUCUCUAAACAGCUGAUCGCUGAUUCGAGGUGGCGAUCCUUGGCACUAGGCACCCCUACUGAGGAAAGCAUCAACCCUGUAUUGGUUUUCCGGAGGCCAGCCGUUUCAAUUCUACUUCACAUUCUCAUUCCAUCCUGUUGGUCCAUGGCCUUCUCUACAGUCAUGAAGCCACUCUCACCCUCAGCGUCUGUCUGGGUAGCCUCCAAUAUGACAGCAUGAACAUUCAUUUCUCUAAUUUCUGGUCAUUUCUCUCCUCUUCCCCCUUUUAUGCUUUUUCGUUUCACAAUUCUUACUCAGCUCUUUCCCCUGUCUCCUCUUCACCAGCCCAUCACCUUCUUCCAGUGCCCCUCCCAUUUCCUUUUCUUCCAUGAUUCACUGUCAACUCCUAUAUCAGAUUUGUUCUUCUUCACCCUUUACCUCUUCCAUCUAUCACCUCCCAGCUCCUUACUUCAUCUCACCUACCCACCUCAGUUAUCAGCUGCCAUCUUGUAAUCCUCCCUCUUCCUCCCACCUUCCUGUUCUAGUUUCUACCCCAUUUCUUUUCCAGUUCUGAUGAAGGCUUUCAUCCUGAAACACCAACAGUUUCUUCCACGACUAGGUCUGCCGUGCUGAGUUAUAGUUGCUCAAGAUUUCCAGCAUCUGCAGAAUCACUUGAGUUUAUGAUAACACGUAUUAAUCCUAUGUGGUGAUUUAUCUUCCAUGUGAUCUUCAGGGGUUGUAGUCAAGGUUGAAAGCUGUCUGAUCCUGCAGCAUGGAAUAUUCCUAAAUGCACUUUGGAACUGCUUAAAAAAGAGCUUAAAAACAUAGAACAGGCUGACAGGUUUAGUUUAAUUUGACGCCUUUAUCAGUAGGCAUUGUAGGCAGAAGGGCCUGUUUCUGUGCUCAAGUCUUAACAUACAGUCAGUGAUGCCUCCUGUAGCUAUUAAAAUGGCCACUGAAUGUUUGUUUGUGGUCUUCAACUGCUGAAGCUCAUCCACUUCAAGGUUUGAUGUGUUUGUGCGUUCAGAGAUGCUCUUCUGCACAUUUGUCAUAUCGCAUGGCUACUUCUACCGUCCUUUGAGCUUAAACCAGUCUGGCCAUUCUCCUCUGAUCUCUCUCAAUAAGAAAGUGAUUUCACCCGCAGAACUGCUGCUCACUGGGUGUUAUUGUUUGCUUUUAACCACACCAUUCUUAGAUAACAAUUUCCUCCCAUUCUGAUCUUUGGCCUGAACAACAACUGAACCUCUUCAGCACAUCUGCCUGCUUUUAUACAUUAAGUUGCUGCCACAGAAAUUUGCAUUAACGAGCAGGUGUACCUAAAAAAAGUGGCCACAGUGUGCAGAACAGGACAGCACAGGAACAGACCCCUGACCCCCAGUGUCCAUACUAAACACUAUGGAGAAUGCAACUCAAGAUCACUAUUGCCUGCACAUGAUCCGUAUUCCUAUAUUCCCUGAAUAUUCUGGGGUGGCACAGUAGCAUGGCGGUUAGGGUAAAACUAUUACAGUGCCAGUGACACAGGUUGAAUUCCUCCACAGUCUAAGGAGUUUGUGCGUAUAUUCUCCCAAUGACUGUGUAGGUCUCUGGGUAUUCCGGUUUCCUCCCACAUUCCAAAGGUAUACAGGUUAGUAGGUGAAUUAGUCACAUGGGUGUAAUUGGGUGGUGUGGACUCGAGCUGGAAGGCUCUGUUCCUGUGUUAUAUCUCUAAACCUGAAUCUGAAACAUUCAUGUAUUUAUUUAACAGCUUCUUCAAUACCACCACCGUAUCUGUUUACACCACCACCCCACUCCUGGGCCCACCACUCUCUACGUAAAAAGAACCCCACCCCACACAACUCCUUUAGAAACUCCCCCUCCCACCUCAAUGCAUGUCCUUUAGUUUUUAAUAUUUCUACCCUGGGAUAAAGAUUCUGACUGUCUAUCCUUCCUCUGACUCUCAGAGUUGUAUAAUUUUUAUUAGGUUGCCCUUCAGCCUCUGACAUUCCGGGGCAAACAAUCCAAGUUUCUCCAACCUCCUUAUACUCUGUGAUCCAGGCAGCGUCCUGCUGAACCUGUCCUGCACCCUUUCCUAUGUCUCCACGCCCUUCCUGUACUGCAGUGACCAUAAUUGCAUACAACUUCCUGAUCCGUCUCUGUGUGAACAUUUUUAGAAACUAUAAAUUCUUCAUAGGCUGGAUAACUGCUUCUUCAGUUUAAAACUUGGGAGGAGAGUCUCAGGAUUGGGGGCGGGGUAAUUUUGAUUUCAAGAUUCAAGUUUAUUUAUCACAUUCAGAUCUAAAGAUACUGCGAUCGGCGUUAUAUGUGCUUUGCAACCAACACACCCAAGGAUGUGCUGGGGGCAGCCCACAAGUGUCACCACACCAGCAUAGCAUGCCCAAGUAAAUAGUUUCUACAGCUUAUAUAUUACGUCUCUUUUAUUUGCUGACCACUUUUUGCACAGAUGCACGUGGUGACGAGGUUGGGGAUGGGAACUACAUGAGGCAAGUGUGUGGGUAGGGUGUUCAGACAGAACUAGAGCCAUAUCGGGAUUGGGAACACUAGAGUUCAAGAACAUGGGUGGGGUCACAUGCAAUAUGAAACUCAGAAGUUAAAUCUACAUAGAAGUAGUCAUAUCCAUGGAAGGACAGAACAUGUUAUCACUACGUCAUUGCAGCUUUAGAGACAUUGCCAUGCAUCAGUAGGAAGCAUGUUUUGUUGUAAUUGAUAGGACAUGUGUACCCCAUCCCCCCCAGAUAUUUGUAUUCAUUACUGAGGGUGGGAAUGUAGAGCUCAAGGAAUGCCCAGGAGUGCCGGUGUAAUCUCACAGAACAGUGCAACAAAAGAACAGACCCUUCAGCCCACAAUGUCUGUGCUAACCAUCAUGCCAAUUUGCACUGCACAUCUGCUUGCACAUGGGCCAUGCCCCCCAAUUCAUCACCUGUUCAAGUGUCUGUCUAAUGGCUCUUAAACAUUGCAAUUGCAUCUGCUUGCAGUGUGUUUCUGGUGCCUCUGAAUAAAAGAAAGCGCCUUGUUGAUAUCCAUGAAUCUUUUCCCCUCUCAUGUUAAAACUUAGCCCUCUAAUAUUUGACAUUUCCCACCCUGAGAAAAGUAGAGACGAUCUGUGCCUCUUAUUAUAUAUAUAUAUAUAUACACACCUCAGCGAGGUCAUCUAUUUGUCUCAGAACACCUUCACAUUUGUCCAAAUUCUCCAAUCUUUUGAGGAUCAAAGUCCUACUAAUGGUAUUUCUAAUAUUCCUCACUCCACCACCCUCCUCCUGUUUUUUUUUAACUGGUUUCACUUUUAGACUUAAUUAAUCUGACUCAAUAAAUUAGGGAUAUUUUAGAAACUCUUAGCCAUGUGGAUGAAAGAGGAAUGGAGGGCUAUGUAAGAUGGAUGGGUUAGGUUGAUUAUGAAGCAGAUUAAAAAGUGGGCAUAAUAUGACAUGUUCUGUAAUGUUCUAUGUUCUAAAUUAAUCUCUUUUCAAAAGUUCUGAUGGUUGAACGUUCAUGAAUAUCUAGAUAAACGCACUGGGUUCUCCUGCUCAAUUUCACAUUCAGAUUUCUGGUGCUUAGCUGGUCCUUGUAAUAUCACAGGACCAAGACUGAUCAACCUUCUGUCUGUUGCUGUAAUUAGUUAGGAUGCACUCUGUCUUAAAUCUAUCUUGAUUCUGAAGUUCUCACAAUAAAACAAAUUCCCCAGUAAAUAUGGAAUUUAUAAAUUUAAGAAGUUAAGCAGCUUUUGGAAUAUUAAAGGCCAUUUAAAAAAGUGAAUAAAAUUCAGCUAAAUUAGAAUUAGAAUAUCAUUGACAUUUACUGUGAAAUUUGUUGCUUUGCAGCAGCAGUACAAGACAAUAUAUUAAAAAGCUAUAAAUUACAAUAUGGAAUAUACAGUCCAUUUUAAAAAUAAAUAAAUAGUGAAAAAAUAGUGAGGUAGUUGAGUACUGAAUGUGUGUCUUCAGGUUCCCGUACCUCCUCUCUGAUAGUGGUAAUGAGAGCACAUCCUAGGUGAUAGGGCUCCUUAAUAAUGGAAGCCAACUCUUUGAGUUUGAAGGUGUCCUUGAUGCUGGGGAGACUAGUGUCCACGAUGAAGUUUUUUCAAUCCUGUAGAGUGCCACUUCCAUACCAGAAGGUGAUGCAGCCAGUUUGAAUGCUCUCCUUGGCAACCUGUAGAAAUUUGAUAGAACCUUUGGUGACAUACCAAAGCUCUUCAAACUCCUGAUGAAAUAUAGCCACUAGUCUGCUUUUGCAUCAACGUGUUGGGUCCGGGAUAGAUCUUCAGAGAUGGCAGAAGUAUGGACAUUAUUUACAAUUAUAUAUCAUUGCUUCCUAAAUUAACAUUCCAUCUUUUGAUGUCAUCAUGAUAUGAUUAUGGUCACACCUUCAGUAAUGUAAGAAGACAUGCACUGUAUUCUGACCAAAGUUGUGUGCACAUACAGCAUCUUCUGCUCCCAGUGAAGUCUGAAAGCUUGCUAAGUAUAUCACAUGACACACACAUCAUUUGCCUCACUCCGUGAAGAUGUUUCCCGUGGCCAGUUAACUCAGCUAAUAAAUAACUUGUGAUUGGCUCCACAUCUUGAGUUUUCAAUGUCACUCUUCUAUGAAGACAAUUUUUACAAAGUUUAUAUUACAAGAACCUAUGAUGAGAUUUCACUCAUGGUGUUAUUUGUAAAGGUGUUUAGGUAACAAUAUCAAACGUAUCUGCCAUUGCUAAAGAUUUUGAACUUGAUCUUCAUGACACAAUUAAGUCUUAAGACAUUUGCCUAGCAAUAAGUUCAAGUUUAUUGUUAUAGAUGUGCAUACACAGGGUGUAAAUUCCUUGAAAAUUAAAUAUUUGCUGCAGCAGCAGAGUACCUUACAAGAUGAAGACAAAUUUGAAUCAAACUUCAAUAAACAAAUUGUACUUGUCCAGUCCACUGUACCCUGUCGCAAAAUGAAUCCAACAACUGAUCUGAGUGCAGAAAUUAUCCCAUGAUCACAGGACUGUGAUCUGGUAGAAUGUUGAGUGCGGGAUUGAAUGUGGCCUUAAUGUUCAAAUUUCUCAUUAACAAUUAUAGAACAUAGAACAGUACAGCACUGGAAAAGGCCUUUCAUCACAAUGAUGUGCCGACUUAAGUUAGUAAUCAAAUAGCCAACUUAACCGAUUCUUUCUGCCAUGUCCAUGUCCUUCCAUUUUUCUCAUUUUCACAUUCUUAUCUAAACCUGUCUUUAAAAGUCUCUAAUGUAUCUGCCUCUACCACCAUUCCAGGCACCUACCAUUCUCUGUGUAAAACAAAAAUUAUGCCCCUCACAUCUCCUUCGAAAUCCCUCUCACCUUUGGUAUUAGACAUUUCAACCCUUGGAAAAAAGAUGCUGCCUGCCUACUGUAUCUGUCAUAUUCUUAUAUUCUUCUAUAAGAUCUCCCCUCAGUCUCUGCCACUCCAGGUUUGUCCAACCUCUUGUUACAGCACGUGCCCUCUAAUCCAUGCAGCAUCCUGGUAAACCUCUUCUGCACACUCUCCAGCCUUCAGCUUCCUUCCUCUAUAUCUCCCAGAACCCAGCAGGCAAGGAGGAGGCAUCAAGGCGUGUUUGCACCGCAGCAGAUGCAGUAUACCCAGCGAGAAUCCAACCUAACCUCAAGCACGGGUCCCAAAAGUAUGCAAAGUCUCUGAGGUUAAAUCCCAGCUGAGGUAGUUGAAACAUUGCAAAAGGUGUGGAUCACUGCUAAGGGAGUGAUGAGUCAAUAAGCAGCUCCACACACUGCAAGAAAUUGAACCCCGAGAACAAUAAUCUUGCAGGUGAAGGGGGGAAGAAAAAAUCUGCAGGUCAAACUCAUUAAUUUCCCUUGCACUCCUUUGCACGUUAACAGUUUGUACAUAUAAACAACACAGUGAUGUGCAGGUGGAGGCACGCUGGAUGGGACGCUCUGGGGCAAAUGGGGAAAAUACCCGAAGGGUUUUUUUGACUUCAGUAAUUUUAGAAAAAAUAGAAACAAGCAUAAAAAUAGAACCACAAUGUUAUAUUAGUGGACCAGGGAAAAUCUACUCUCAACAAUAUGUUAUACAGCACGUCUCCAGUUAUGAUUAUGGGGCUUGAAGUGAUAUUAAAUGAACAGAUCAGUAUUUUAUAAAUGUCCGGUAUGUGUUAGAGCUGAUUUGUACAUAUUGGGUCAUCUUUACAGAAUAAUGUUUAAAAUAAAAUAAAGCUGUCAAGGGCUCCUGGCUGGAUACCCACGCACUGUUAAACAGUGGAUAUCGCAAGGCAGCUUGAUGUAAUAUUUAUACAUUUCAUUUCCUUAUUGCCUUAAAUUUAUUUUCCUCACUGCUUCUGUAUUUCACUGAUUGUGUGGAAAAAAACAUUAAAAUUUAAUUUAAA